AAUAAUAUUAUCAAAAAUUAACUACCAAAGAGAUUUAAAAUUAAAUUAAUCAUCUUAUGUCAUGGUUUGUUAAAUAGUACCUACAGUGUGAAAUGGGCAUAUUAAGAAAAUUAAUUGCAAAUGAAAGACUUAAAUUAUGUACAAGAAAAUUAGCUACAUUGAAAUAUUCAAAUCAACCAACACCAAUGACUGUAUUUGAUCAAAAGGCUAAAGUUCUUCAAAAACAACGAGCAGCAAUAGCAGAAGAUAGUUCAGUUUAUGAUUACAUUAAAGAUGAAAUUGGAUAUCGUUUAUCAGAUCGACUUUUUGAUAUUAAACGCCAAUUUAAUAGAGUUGUUGAUCUAGGCUGUGGAUAUGGUCAUGUUUCUAAACACAUUUCUAUAGACAAUGUUAAAGAGUUAAUAAUGUGUGACACAAGUCAAGAGAUUUUGGAUAAAUCCCAAAAUCCUGAACCUGAAGUUAAGGUUAGUAAAAUAAUAGUUGAUCCUGAGAAAUUACCAUUUGAAAACAAUAGUAUUGAUUUACUAAUUAGUUGUUUAAAUCUCCAUUGGGUAAAUAAUUUACCUUCAACUUUCCUACAAAUUAAAAAUUGUUUAAAAAAUGAUGGUGUAUUUUUGGGAGCAAUGUUUGCAGGCGAUACUUUAUAUGAAUUGCGAUCAUCAUUACAAUUAGCAGGUAUUGAACGCGAUGGAGGUGUUGCACCAAGAAUAUCUCCUUUUGUUCGCCUUAGAGAUGUAGGAGCACUAAUGCAAAGUGCAGGAUUUUCAAUGCUUACUUUAGAUACAGAUGAAAUAAUAAUACGUUUUCCAUCUAUGUUUGAACUAAUGUGGGACCUAAAAGGAAUGGGUGAAAAUAAUGCUGUUUUACAGCGACCCUUACGCCUCAACAAAGAUACUAUGUUUUCUGCAGCAACUUUAUACGAUAAACUAUAUGGUUGCCAGGACAAAAACAGUGAUAUUAAAGGUAUUCCAGCCACAUUUCAAAUAUUAUACAUGAUAGGAUGGAAACCAGAUCCAUCACAACCCAAACCAUUACCACGAGGAUCAGGACAAAUAUCAAUUAAGGAUAUAGGUGAUCUAAAUAAAAUUGUUAAAAACUUAGGAAAGAUUGAAACAUAAUUUUGUUGUGUUAAAAAAUAAAUAUAAUUUUUUUCUGUGUUAAAUAUAGAUUUGUGUUAAAAUACUUAUAAAUAAUUAAAUUUGAUUUUCAUUAUGUAAAAUUCAUUAUUACCUAUACAAUUAUUAACAAUUUGUAACUAUUAACAUACCUAUACAUUAAUUAUUCGUUAACUAGGUAUAUUAAAGUUCAUUCAAAUACAAAGAUUUACCUACUAUUAUUAAUUAAGAACUUAUUUUGUUAAAAAUUAGUUAAUCUUGAAAUAAAGAAAGGUUUACGAAUAUUAUAAUUUAUUUUAUUAGCUACUAAUACUUUCUGUUAUGGCUGAUCAAGUUAUUCUAACAUAAUAACAAAAAAAAACUUACGGUUUAGACAAAUCCUCUUCAUCUGGUAAUGGUUUAAUGCGUACAAAUACACGCAUUUGUUCUUCUUGUGUUAUGAUUCUUCCCCGACCGGGAGCAGCAAUUUUUUUUAACUUCUCCAAACUUCUGCGGUUCAAAACCAUUAUAUGUUUGUUCUAAAGCAAUGCAAUUAACUUUUAUAAAUUAAUGUAUAUUAUGUUUAACUUUUUUUUUUUUAAAUAAGUGUAUAAACAAGUGAAUUUCUAGUAUUAAAUAUUAAAAUACCAUUUCAAAAUUGUUAUGGUAAGUAGGUACCUAUAACUUAAAUAUAACUUUAAAUUCCUAAUAUCUUUCCAAUUUAUUUGCACCUGAAGUAAAUUGUAUACAAUUGUUUUAAUAAACUAAAAUUUUUUUUAUUUUAAAAUGUUAAAUUUUGAUUAGGUAUUAUUUUAAAAUUAUUUUCUUAUCAAAAUAAUAGGUAUGUGUGUAAAAAAUAAGAAAUAUUUAUAAUAAAAAUAGUAUAAUUUGGUUUGACGGAAUUACCAAUCAUCACGUUCCGAAAUAGCGAAUAUUUAAAGAGUCUAACCAAUACAAAAAUUUAAUUUAAUAUAAUAUAUACCAACCCAAAUGACCAAAUGCAAUGAAACUUACUGAAUAAUGAUGCGACGACUCUAUGUAUAGAAUAAUUCUUCACGAAUAUAAUAUAAUUAAUUUAUACCACAAUAACAUCGGUUUUAUCACAUAACGUAUAAAUCAAUAAGCGAUUUAAUUUUUAAUUUUUAAAUCGAAAUUUUUGAACAUCGUUACGACUAUCUAAGAAAAUGGUAUAAACAAUAGUAUAUUGUCAUAAAAAUACGUUAAUUUACCCAUUUGAAAACAACGAUAAACCAAAUGAUAAUCAGAAGGUCCAACCCUUCGCUUACAGUGUAGCCAUCAAACCAAAUCGUUAAAUUAUUAAAAAAUUUAAUACGUCUAUAUUAUUAUGUAUUAUACUAUUGUACACAGAUAUAUCUAUAAUAAUUAAUAAAUGAUACAUUAAAUAAUAGGUUUUUUAUGUAAAUCUAUGGUAUAUGCCUAUGGAUCUGAACAAUGUAAAAAUAUAGGCCAAUCAAAUUAGGAUAAGGUAGGGUACUGUUUUGGGUGUAGUGCGUGUAGAGUGCUAUCCAAUCACUGAGUUCUAUACUAUAUUUUGUAUUGAAUUCUGUGGAACCAAUAUGCGGUUUGAUGAUAAGCGAUAUCUUUUUUACGGAUUAUGAACACCUAUAAUGUGUUUGAAUAUUGGUUUCAGGUAUGAGGAUUGAAGAACAGGCUUUACUGCUUCAGUAGUUCACUAGUUCAGUUCAGUGCGCGAUGCGCAUGCGGCAUGUUCUAGGCUUAUAACGCAUUUACUGAUUCCGCUGUGUGGUACCUAUUAUUCUUUUUCAAAAAAAUGAUACAAUACAAAAUACACACCUAUAUAUUAUUUAUUUAAUACAAAUGACAAUAUUUUGAACCUCAGAAACCGAAUGGUCAAGGUUGUCACUAAUGUCAUUUGACGUUUUGUAAAUGAAUACCCACCUUUUUGUUUGUACUUACUAGGUACACUAUUUUUCAAUUACUUCACUGUUAUUUAUUACAUUACAAUAAUGAAACUGGGUAGUGAUACCUAGUUGGGUUCUCAUAAAUUGUAAGUAAUUUAGGUAGUAUAAUAAAAUAUUUUAUAGAUCUCGCACGUCAUAUUAUUUACAAACAUUUAAUGUUGCAUUUUACUCUCCUACUUUUCUGAGUAUGUAUAUUUUCUUGUAGUUUUAUACUUAAAUCAUUUAGAAUUUUAUGGAAUUAUUUGUUGAUUUUGUUGUGGUUUUAUUCAUAAAAUAUUAUUUUGGCUUAAACUAUUAAAAAAUUGAUUUCUUUAUUCUCUAUGAUAUACUAAGGAUAUUCCAUACAAUUAUGUUACAUUAUUAUGAAUCAUAUUUUUUACCAAUUUGAUAAUAUUUUGCCUAUUCAAGGCUUUAUUUUAUUUUUUAUGAAUUAACAGUUUCUUGAUUAACUUAAUUCUUAAGUAUAUUUAAAUUUAGCUUUAUGCAUUUUUGUUAUGAAUUAGAUAAGUAUAUCUAUAUAAUUAUUUGAUAUACCACUUAAAAUUUGUAAUUAUAUUUGUACCUACCUAUCUAUUAAUUGAUAUAAGCAAUUUGUUUAAAUAUUUUACAGAUGUUUGAGAACGUACCCACCAUUUUACAUAGGUACUUCUUGUAAAUGAGUCAUCAGAAUGUCAAUUGCGGUAUUGGAUAAAUACCAUUUGGGCAUUAGUGCCAUUAUUGUUGUGGCUAUGCAGCUUUUAUUUUUCUCCAUUGCUGUUACAUUGCAAUAUGAUAAAAUAGCUGACUUUGCUGGUGGUAUUAGUUUCAUUUUAGUUGCUGUGCUAACAUAUGGAUUAGCUCAGGUAAAAUGUGCUAAUUAUAUAUUAUUUUAAUAAUCUAAAAUCAAACAUAUUAUAAGAACUGCCUACUUAAGUAAUAUUGAUUAAUGAAUUUUUAUGUCCUAUAUACUUGAUUAUUAUUGAGUAUAUUAAGUUUAUUAAGUAUAUAAUAUAAAAUAUUUUUAGAUUCUAAGAGGAGUGAGUAAUGUAAUGCUUUUACUAUAAUGUGAGUUAUAAUUUUUUUUUCUGUUAGCAAUUACAAUAAAAAUAUGUUUAGACUUUGUUUUGUUGCAUUUUGGAUCUAGUAGAUGCAUUAAAGAUAUUAUUUUUUGAUUUUCCAAGUAGCUUUUGUGUUAGGGAAAAGGGACAAAUUUUCUGAAAUAAUAAAUUUGAUUUUUUUGUUGUUAUUCAGGUAAAAAUAAUAGUAAUUACAUUGAUUAUAAAUACUGUAUGUAUAAUUAAAAUCUAGCGAGUUUUUAGUUAUUUUUAAGCAUUUGCCAUUUUCUUUUUUUUAUUUGGUUUUAUGUGAACAAAAUUGUUUAAUGGAAUAAAAAUGCUUGAAAAUUUAAUAAGAAGUUCAUUACAAGUUGUGGGUACUUAAUGGUAGAAAUAAAAAGUUAAGUGUUAUAUGGUAGUUUUUUUUAAAAAAAAAUGUUUAAUUUAAAAUUGUAUUAAUAAUUGUGUCAUACUAAAACAUAUUUAAUUGAACUUCUUUCAGAAUCAUAUUUCUUUUACAAUGAUUUAGUGUUGAGUAAAUAUAUAAAUUAAAUAACUCUACAAAAAGUAAAUCAUUAAUUAAUAUUAUGUACACCAGAUUCCAAAAUACCAUAAUUUUCCCAAUGAUUGCCAAGAUUUCCUAUAAGAUUAUCAAAAUUGUGUACACUAAUUUAUAUUAGUAAUUUACUUUAUAUAACUAUGCAUCCACAUUCUCAAAUUCUCGCCUAUACCAGUGGCACACCUAUCUUCUAUAAAUUCAAAUUAUUAUUAUUGUAUUAAUAUGUUUAAAUUAUUUACUUAUUUUAUUUUGUAGACUCAUGAUAGUCGACAGUUUAUGGUAACAUUAUUUGUAUGUAUUUGGGGUAUCCGAUUAAGUUCUUAUUUGUUUUAUCGAAUCAUAAAAAUCGGAAGAGAUGCAACAUUUCCAGACAAACGUAGCAAUAUGAUUCGCUUUGCUGUAUUUUGGACAUUUCAAGUAAUGUGUUCUUUUGAUUCUGUGAAAUUUUAUUUUCAGUUAAAAACAUUUUUUCUUUAAUGUACCUGUAAAUAUUUGAAUUUAUUAUUACAAUUUAGGCAGUGUGGGUACUAAUUGUUAGUUUGCCUGUUAUCGUAAUUAAUGCACCUCAUAAUUCCAUUAAAGCUGGAGCACCCAAAACUAUGACAACUUUGGAUACUAUUGGCUGUUGUGUGUUCAUUUUCGGUUUCAUCAUUGAAACUUUUGCUGAUUUACAAAAGUAUGCAUUUAGAAGUGAAGAAACAAAUAAGGGAAAAUGGUGUGAUGAUGGUUAGUAAAUAUUUACUUUUACAUAAUUUCUUUUAUGUAUAAAUAUAGUUAAAUUUGAAUAAAGGUAAAAACAAUUGUUAAAUUGUUUAACUUCACUGAAAACAUACUAAAAUUAAUUAAAAAUAAACUUAUAUUUAAGUCAUAUUGUGUUUUUCUUUUUAUGACAGGGUUGUGGAGCAUGUCUAGACAUCCAAAUUAUUUCGGAGAAAUAGUGCUUUGGUGGGGUGUUUUUAUUGUAUCAUUGAACGUAAUUGAAGGCACAGAGUAUAUUGUUGUUUUAUCACCAAUUUUCACUACAUUUAUCAUACUUUUUCUAUCUGGUAUUCCACAUUUGGAACGUGUUUCAGAUCAUAGAUUUAGAAAGUAUGUUAAAUAUCUGGUAUAUUCAAUUUUUUUUUUGUUUAUGCUAAUUUAUUAAUUAAUUUUAUUUAGUAAUGCUCAUUAUCAGCUGUAUAAACGAUCCACUUCACCAUUAAUACCUAUCCCACCAUCACUUUAUAUUGAAGUGCCUGGUUUUAUUAAAAUGUUGUGUUGUUGUGAACUACCCUUAUAUAAUUGGAUGAAAGCACACCCUUCAGAUCCACCAGAAGCAGCUCCAGCUCCUAAAUCAUCCUAGCAAAAAAAGGGAGCGGCUGUAACUAUGGUACAAAUUACAGAUCGCUCCCAAGAAGUUCCAGUGUAUUCAACAACAGCUACCACAUACGUCUAAAAUCUAAAGUACUUAUACAUACAAAUAACUUUAAAACUAAUGAAUUAAAAGAAAUUAAUCGUAUUAAAACUAAUAAAUUUUAGAUAUCAUUAGAUACAUAAUUAUUAUUAAAAAAUGAUUGUAUAAUUAAUUCAGGUAUUUAUUCUAUUGCAACCUAUUGCAAAAAAUUAAUGAAUAAGCUAUUGUAAACAAAUUAUAUUUGUACUAUAUAGUACAUAAUACAUAUAAUGUAUAGGUUUUUAUGUAAAUAAUAUGAAUAACAUUAAUAGAUUAUACUAUUAUAAUAUUAGCAUAGUAGUUCAUAUUUGUGACAAUAUGGCUUAAAAUCAUAUAAAAGGCUGGAAGAAAUAACAUAUUUUCUUAUAUUUUAUAGUUUUAUAAUAAUCAUCAUUUGGAUAUUGAGAGAAUGAGUUUAACUGAUUUAAAAUAUUUUAUUGACAUAGGACAAAUGUAGUGCCAUUAAGAAUUUUAUAUUUGUACAAUAAUAAUAAUUUCAAUAUUUAGUUUUAAUUUUACAAUUCAAUAAUACAUUAAAUAUAUUUGAAGAUGUAUGUUUAGAGUAUUGAAAGUAUUAGCAAGAAUAUUAUAAGAAAGGUUAUUGAUGCAAAGUUUGUUUUAAUCCUAAAAAUUAAUAGAUAGGUCAAAUGCUAUGGCACAAGGGAUUGUUAAAAUUGAUCAUUGAAGACGCUUCAAAGAAAGAAUUAAAGAAAAAGACCAUACCUUGAAUACAGCCAACAAAAAUAAAGAACCAAACAUACAUCACCUAUGCACAAUUAGUAGUAGUAAUAAUUUAUUAUUUCAUACAAAGUUUUCAAAUUAAAUAUAAGUAUAGAAUAAUUUGUUUCUAAAAGUAAAACUUGAGUAGGAAAUAAGAGUUCUUAAAAUAAGUUGUAAAAUAUAUACAAAGAUUAAAAAAUGAAACAAAAUGAAUAUACUAAUAUUAAAAUUAAAAAGAAAAGUGGAUGAUAGAGAAAAAUAGAAGAGGACUACAACCAAUCUACAGAUUAGUUACUAAAGAGAGAUCCUAUAUUUGUUUUAUGGGUAAUUGUUUUGCUUAUAAUAGUUGUGAUUUGCUAGUAGAUUGAUGCAACAAUAUAGGUGAAAAAUGGAAUUCUCUUACAAUAGUUGCACUACUAUACUGAUACAACAAAUGAUGGACAUUCAAAGGUUGUAUUACAUACACAAAAAAAGGAUAAUCUAGUGAACCUCUAUACCAAUAUUUUAAGUUGGUAUUUAAAUUGGUUUAAUAUCUACAGUUCUAUGAAAUAUCCAAAUUUUAUAUUAUUCGUUUACACAUUCAAAAUACUAAAACAUUAACAAAUUGUUAUGUUAAUUGUAUAAUAUUUACUAAGGAAUAUUAUGUGAAAUUUAAAAUAUUAAAUUAUUUUAAUUAGGUUUAUUUAAUUCAAAGCUCCUUUAUUAGUUUUUUUUAAAAAAAAGUUGAAUAUGCUAUUCUUUAUAUUAAGAUAGGUAAAUAUUAAAUUGUAAAUUAUUAAAUAUAACUUAAUCCUCAGUUUCUACCCUAAGUUACCUAUAAGUUACCCAGUAUUUUAAUUAAAGGAAAAUAAUAUGUUUUAGAUUCCUACCUACUUUUAAUGUAAAUUCAAUUAGAUAAACAAUAUUGGUUGCUACUUAUUUAGAUUAUUAUAAAUUAGAUAUUAUUUAUUUAGUGAAAAUUGUAUACUUGUGUACCUUAUUAUUAAUUAUUUAAAUCAAUCGCACAACUUUACAAGCUGUAAUACAGAUAAUCUUGACACCUGAAAUAAUUUUUAUUCUGUUCAUAUGUUUAGUUUUUUCUUUUAAUAAUUACUAGAGCAUUGCACUAUGAUUUUUAUAUUAUUCUUUUUUUAAUCUAAAAAUUAAAAAAAUGGUUUUUAUAAAAUCCAAGAUAACCAUAUUAUUAUUUAAAAUAAAAUGUUAUUUUCCAAAUUUUUCUGAUUAUUAAUUGUUAAUUGUCACUUCAUAAUAUUAGCUAUUCUCCAAAUUUGUCCAUAAAAAUAAUUUUGUAAACUUUGAAAAUUUCAGAAACUUAACAAUUCAUCAUUAAUAAAUAUUUAUAAUACCAACAUGUUUUAAAAUAUAUUUAUAAAAUGACUAAAUUGGUUUUUUUUGUUACAAAAUUUUAUUGUUUAAAAAUAUAAAAUAGAAAAAUCAUAACACAAUAAUCUAGGUAUCACAAGCAUCAAAAAAAGUUUACAAGGAAUAAAAGUUAUUUAAGGUGUUAGAUUUUUUUGUUCCUUGUUUAUCUACUCUACAAAUGUAAUGACAUAAAUAAUUUAUUUGAAAAUUCUCAAUGUUAUUUAUUUUUUAAAAUCUUGUUAAAUAGGUAUUUUAAAUUUUACUUUACGUAUUUCUAAACUAAAAUUAAUUUAAAGUAUACUUAAUUAAACUAUAUGUUUAAAAUAUUUAUCUAUUACUUAUUAUACUAUUAUUAAAAUGUUUCUCUAAAAGUAUCAAAUACUUUUAAGUAUUGGGUUAAUUCACACCAUACACCAUAUAAAAUAGUGUUAACUAUUUACAAAAUUUAAGUAUAGCUCAACAUAAAUUGUUUAGCUGUAAUAAUUUAAUUAGAUUUAAAAGAGUUAUUUAUAAUUUGUGAUAUUAGAAUUAUUUCUUGAUCUGUGAUUAUUUAAAUACUUCCUGUAAAAUUUAGAUACUUUUAAGAUUUUUCACUAAUACAUAAUUUACCAUGUAUUAUAAUAUGUUAGUUAAAUUUAUUUUAAUUAUUUUAAUUUAAUUUGAAAAUAAUAAAAUAAAUAUAGAAUAUUCCAAAAGAUGAGAUAAAUUGAUUUCCAUGUAUACAAAAUACAGGGAAUAUUUAUGAAUGAAGUACAACAUAUGAUAUGAAUAGGGAUUACCUAUCUAUUUAUUUUAUUAUUGUUUAUAUUUUAAAUUAAUUAAAAUUAUAUUGUACCUAUUGGCUUUCUUUACAUUUCAGUUAUACAAUUUUAACUUCACUUCUUAAUCACAUUUAUGCUUACAAUUUCUUAUAACACCAUAAAUGCACCAUAUAUUUUUAUUAAAAUAAAAAUGUGUAAACAAAAGAAAAAUUUUAUAUUUUAUGAUAAUGUUUAGUAAGUGGUAAAUUAAGUAGUAUAAAAUAACAAGAAGACAAUUUAAUUCUUGUAUAUUUUUAAUUUUGUAAUGUCAUAUUUUUAGUUACAUUAGUAAUACAUUUUUUUGUAAUUUACAAUGAAAAAUAUUUACAAUUCAAUUCAAUAAAUUUUGCUAACUUUAUUUAUAUUCAAAAAUAAUUAUUACUUAUUAUUUAUGAAAUAUGUUUACAUAACAUUAAAUUUACAGCUAAUUAUUUUUCUUUGUACCUAUAAUUGAAUUAUAAUCUACACUUUUUGUUUUUUUUUUUUUUUUUUUUUUUUUUUUUCAUACUCUUGGUUGUAAAUUAGAAUUUAUAGUUUUUAUUGC